AAUUGCAAGCGAUCAUCCAACCAUGUCCAUGUCGUUGCUCCAGCGCCUGACCACGUUCGUCGCCCCGGCCAUGCCGAUCCGGGGCAUGGCCAAGAUGAGCGAGCGCGCCAUGCGCCGCAAGGCCCUCCGCGACAGCAAGAAGAAGGCUGAGCGCAUCCCGCCGCUCAAGGAGACCUUGCGCAAGCUGUAUAUGCGCACGCACCCCGACUUGUUUGGCCAGUUUCCCGCCGAGCAGACGUCCAACACCGAGUCGUACAAGGAGCUCAUGGGCAUUCUGGAUGCGAUUGAGAAUACGAGCGGUGAGUUCCCGCCGGCGAAGAAGCUCAGCCUGCCCUUCUACCUCACGACGCCUGUCUCGGGCGAGUUUAAGAAGGUGACGCUUAACCUCAAGACGACGGGCGGCUCGUGCGUGACGCUCAUGGAGACGCAGCUCGGGUCGUUCUUUGAAGAGUGCGGCUGGCCGCGCGUGUUUGAGUGGAGCAAGGGCAGCUGGGGCCUCACGACGGACCACAAGGUCAACUCGAACGAGCAGUACGACACGGACGCACCGGUCGCCAAGCCCGCGCCCGAGCCUGUCGCGCCGGCCUUUGUCGAGACGCCGCGCUCGACGCCGGAGAACGACACGUCCAUCGAGCGUGUCCUGGAAGAACUCAACGAUAUCUUUGAGAUCGUGGCCGCGGUACCGUACAUGGCGCACCACGAAGAGUACGCCGAGAUCUACGAUCUGUAUACCAAGGAAGACGGCGAGGACGGCCACAUCAACGGCCUUACCGAGCUCGAGCGCCGCGGCGGCUACAAGAUUGUGGACGCGACGCACCAGAUCUGGGAAGGCGAGCGCGACUUUGCCAAGCUCUCGGCCGGCCUCGACGUCGACUCGGCGAUGAUCGUCCAGCGCAUUCUCAUGCACGCGCUCACGGCCGACGCCAAGGUCAAGGACCUCAUGGAGCAGCAGCUCGCCGAGGAGGCGGCCGAGAAGGAGGCGGCCAAGAAAGACGAGUAGAUCAUCGUUCGCCGCACGACUAGCACUAGACGUAGACGAGAUACAUAUAUAUAGACCGUAGAG